AUGCUGAGGCAGAUCAAGAAGCAGGCCCCUCGGAAUGAGCAAGCGGAUGAGGCCGCUUACUUAGCACACUUGGCAGCCCAGAGGAAUGCCAGCGCCUUCUUUGAGAAAUACGAGCGGAGUGAACUCCAGGAGUUACUUACCACGUCCUUCUGCAGCUGGUUGUCCUCCAAAGAAGACCUACGCCAUCCCUUAGAGUUCCCCAGUGGACUUGUGACUCAGAUGAAAAGUGUAACGGACCCCACAGUGAUUCUGCUGACACCAGUGGAGCCAGGAAUCGACUUGGAUGCUAAGGAGAUCCAUCAGAUGAUCAGGGAGUUGGCUGUCGGGGUUUAUUGCCUGAACCAAAUUCCUUCUAUCAGUUUAGACGCAAACUAUGACCAAAGUACUUCCUGUUCCCUUCCUCCAGCAUACUAUGACACAAGAAUCGGUCAAAUGUUGAUCAGCGUUGACUACAUGCUGAAAGCUUUAUGGCAUGGGGCGUACAUGCCCAAAGAGAAACGGGUGAGAUUCUCUGAACUGUGGCGUGCUAGUAUGGAUAUCGAUGCUGACGGGGUCCCCCAGACAGAGAAAACAGCCUGUGCAGAGUUUUGUUCAGCAGGUCUAACUGAUAUUUCAAGAGAUCCAGAUUUUAAAGGAAUCUAUCAGGAAAACUUCAAUGAAGAUCCAACAUACAACCCUAACAGUGCAGAGGAGAAGGCAUUCUUUAUGCAGUUUGCAGACUAUAUUUUGCUUAAAUUGGUUUUUGCUACCAUCGAGGUUCAACAGAAUGAUAAUGUGUUCAUGUUCGAGGCAGCGUAUACCCUUUCGAAUGCCAUCAGAAUGACGGAGGACCACUUGCACACGGCCGCGUACCAGAGGUUGCAACAGAGGCUAGCUCUGCAACAGAAGCUUAUAAAGAAAUACCUAGAAAGAAAAGCAGAAAUCCGCAAGAACAUAGCGUACCUUAAAGUGAUGAGCUUUCUCAUUCCAUUUAUGACCACCUUGAAAAGAAAAAAUAAAAUUCCCAAUUUAAAUCGACUUCUUCAGCCAUACUCCGAUGACAAAGUUAAAACGGAACGUGAACUCCCCCCUAUUUUGUUUGGGCCCGAUUUUAAGUGCCAGCACUUCACUUACGCUCAGAAUCAGUAUUUCCAUCUCCACGGUGGCAUUGAAUUUGAUAUUGGCACACCUUCAGUGGAAGAUAUCUCUGAUGAGAUAAAGGCUGCCUAUGAUGAUAUGCAUGCAUGUGCAACGAACCACAUUGCUCAGCUGUUGGACCCAGACUUACCCUAUAAAGAACAUUAUCCCAUCCCAGUAAUGGAGUUUGGCGGCAAGAGCUACUAUGUCAUCUCCCUUGAACUCGAAGCUUUUUAUCUGCUUUUCAAGACUCAGUGGUGGGGAGCCAUCAAUGAACUCAUAAGCACACUUAAGCCAAAACGACUCCCAUUAACUGACAUUCAAGCGAUGGAGCAAUUCAAGAAAAAAUUUGGCUACAAGAAAGCUAUUAAAUGCAAGAGCCUGCCCUUUGGUAUGAAAUCUGCAGCGGAAAGAGGGUUAGCUGCCAUUUUCCUGACAUUCUGUCGUAAGACAUCGAUCUCCAGCCUUGGUCUCACAGAUGACCAUGGUUACGCUCUUAUACACCAUGCUGCUAUCCACAACCGUGUGCCAAUCAUCUGCCAGUUGAUUAAAUCGACUUUGACUAUCAAUCAAAAGCGCCACAUACCGUAUAGCCAAGGUCCUGCUGCUAUGCACUUCGCAGCCCAGUCGUGCUCUCUCGAGUCUCUUCAUUUCCUCCUGGCCCUCAAAGCAGAUUACAGGUUGCCCGACAAUCGAGGGUGGCUGCCCAUUCAUUUCGCCGCAUAUUACGACAACAUUGCCUGCUUCACUGUUCUGUAUCGAAAGGACCCAGAUCUUCUAGAGAGUGAAACACGUAGUGGAUAUCACUCCACCCCUCUUUUGCUUGCAGCUACAUCUGGAGCAUUAGAUACUAUUCAGUAUUUGUUUUCUCUCGAUGUCAACUGGCUCAAAAAAGAUAGCGAAGGAAAUAAUAUAAUUCAUUUAGCGGUGCUGAAUUUUCAUACAGAAGUUCUGAAGCAUCUAAUCGAACGAAAUGUUCCCGAUCUCCCAGUAUGGAAAACUGUGGUUGGGAUGCUAGACUGUGCCGACAAUGCAAGGAGAGAAAUGGCAAUACGGUGUUUAGAAGUUCUUUGUCUUGCCAAAGAUCACUACUGGAAGUUCAUUUUGGAUGCAGAUACAAUCCCGUCGCUCAUCAGCUUGUUGAAAAGCCAGUCGGUCAAGUUGGAGUGCAUCUCUGCAGGGGUGCUGAGCAACAUCACAACACACCACGCCAUCGCUCGAGCCUUUGUGGACGCAGGUGGCAUUGCGGUGUUAAUAAAAUUAUUUGCCAGUGACGAACCAGAGCUGUUGUCCCGUUGUGCGGUCAUUUUAUACGACAUUGCUCAGUUGGAUAAUAAUCAGACAGUCAUUGCUGAAUUGGGUGGCAUUCCAGCCCUUGUCAAUCUGUUGCACUAUGACAUCGAAGAUCUGCUUGUGAAUGUGAUCAACUGCAUCCGAGUUUUGUGCAUGAACAACAAAGAAAAUCAGUUGAAAGUGAAAGAAAGCAGGGGCAUCAAACCGCUUGUUCAGUUCCUGACAUCAGAGUCGGAUGUGCUGCUGGCAGUGGCUUCCGCAGCCCUUGCAGAACUUGCUCGUGGGAAUACUAAGAUGCAGAACGCAAUUGUGGAAGCGCACGUGAUAGGUCCCCUUGUGGAGCUUCUUAGGGGAAGGAAAAUCAGUGUCCAGGUGAAAGGCGCGAUGGCCAUCCAGACACUAUGCGAAAAGAACACGUAUAUCCAGAUGAGGUUUCUAGCCAAGUCCGUAACCAAGUUCCUCUUAAAGCUCUUGAAGGCUUUUCAUCUGAAAGUUAAAGAACAAGGUGCCGUGACGCUCUGGGCGCUGGCAGGGCAAACCUUGAAGCAGCAGAAAUACAUGGCAGAGCAAAUUGGAUACAACCUUAUUAUAGAUAUGCUUCUGUCCCCCUCGGAUAAAAUGCAGUGUGUCGGAGGUGAAGCCGUCAUUGCUCUUAGCAAGGAGAGCCAAAUGCAUCAAAACCAAAUAUGUGAAGGGAAUGGAAUCGCCCCGUUAGUUCGGCUGCUGAGGAGCUCGAGAAUAGCCGAAGGAACUCUGCUUAGUAUCAUCCGAGCCUUGGGGACAAUGUGUGUGGGCGAAGCUAGCAUCAGCAAUCCAGUCAGUCAAGAGAACAUCGUUGAUGAAGGGGCCUUGCCAAUACUGGUUAAUUUACUUAAGACUCAUCAUUCUCUUCAGAUAAAGGUUGAAGUUGCUGUUUCUUUGGCUUGCAUUGUCUUAAAGAACAGUCGCCUGCAGACCGUGUUGCUAAAGGUGGAAGGUUUUUCUUAUUCUGAUGUCCUUCAUCUUCUUUAUUCAUCAGAGAAGGAUAUCCGUUUACGGGCAGGCUACGCAAUUUCUCUUUUUGCCUAUAAUAAUCCUGCCCAGCAGUACGUGAUACUGGAGACGGGACCAGUAUCGCUGUCUACAUUUGAACCUUUUCUGGAAUCGCCAAUAGAGACAGAGAGAGCGAUGGCUGCUUUUCAGAUUGUUGUACUAGCUAGAAUUAUUGUUGAUAAGGACCAGGUUAGUUUGUCUGCACGAGGAGUUUCUAUUCUGGUGGACCUUCUGUGUUCAGAAGAGGCAUCCACAUUGGUGGUGACAGGAAAAUUAUUGGCUAGCCUAGCACACACAAGAGCAGGUAUUCCUGAAGCAAUCACAAGUCUGGGAACUGUUCAACGUCUUUGUUAUCAUUUGUAUGCACAGGAAGAAGAGGUUCGCACAGCCAUGGCGUGUGCUCUGGGAUACUUGACAUAUAACCGGACGGCAUACCGCCACCUGUUAGUGCAAUGCAGAAAUAAGCCCAAGCUGUUCAAGAGGCUAAUAAAUAAUCUUAGCAGAGACGCAAAAAUCAAUAGAGACUUCCUGAAAGAAUUCAGAAGACAAAAAAAAGUUGGACUUCCAUCUCUCAGUUUGGAGAUCAAUGGAGGACCACCUGCGGUUCCUGUAUACAUACGAGAUAAAUCACGGAGUGACGAUGUCAAAAGGUACAAAUCCAAGUUUCGUCCAAAGGAUUCCCUCUUUUUAGUACCCACAACCACUCACCUUGUGGGAAGAUUCAGAACUCCAGAGAAACCCCGUAUUCCAGCCUCAGGACAUUAUCCAGCUCCACAUACCACAACGUCAGACCUCAUUGAAGUCAUAAGACCCAGAAUUGUUAACGUCUGUAGCCUCCGGAGUAGCACAUCAGGAAAGAAAUCUUAA